GCGUGUAUUUUUGAAAGCUGGGCGCGUUUUCUACAGCUAGAACCCAACUGGAUCAAAGCAGAGAUUGCUACUGUACACAUUGUCAUGUGUUCACAGAUCGAGGAAAGGAUGGACUCCGCAAUAGCCACCGAUGUCAAUGCAUUCAAGACGCCUUGCAAACAUGACAGGGGGAAGAGCCUCUUCUCUGGUGGUAGCACUUCCAGUCCUAGAACCCCCGUAACUAUCCCUCCCUCCCCUUUCAUGAAGAAACUUGGAUGUGGAACUGGGGUUAAUGUCUAUCUAAUGAACAGAGUUGGUAAACCAAAUCAGUCUCCCUGGGCUGUCAAAAAGAUCAACAGCAAAUGUGCCUCAAGGCAGGUAGAUGUCUACCAGAGAAGACUGUGUGAUGAGGCAAAGAUCCUGAAAGGCCUGCUGCACCCAAACAUUGUUGGAUUCCGUGCCUUCACCACUGCCAAGGAUGGCUCUAAGUGCUUGGCCAUGGAGUAUGGUGGGGAACAGUCCCUGAAUGAUCUAAUUGAGGAGAGGAGAGAGAAAGGCAUGAAGGCUUUUCCAGCACCAAUUAUUGAGAAAGUGGCUUUACACAUGGCUCGUGGUUUACAGUACCUUCAUUAUGACAAGUCGCUACUACAUGGCGACAUUAAGUCUUGCAAUGUUGUCAUCAAAGGAGACUUUGAGACCAUAAAAAUCUGCGAUGUGGGUGUCUCCUUGCAGUUGGAUGGGAAUAUGAAAGUGAGAAACCCUGAAGAAGUGUAUGUUGGGACUGAGCCAUGGAAGCCCAAAGAGGCUCUGGAAGGAGGAGUGAUCACAGACAGGGCAGACAUCUUUGCCUAUGGACUGACCUUGUGGGAGAUGAUGACUCUGAAAAUGCCUCAUCUGGAAAUGCUGGACAGUGAGAAUAGUGAGGAGGAUGAGUCAAUGGACGAGGAUGACUUUGAUGAGGAUGCCUACUAUGAGAAGUUAGGCACCCGGCCAGCACUGGACUCUGACAAGCUUGGGGGAGCCUAUCAGAGAAUAGUGGAGCUGUUCUGCCUAUGCACUGAAGAGGAGCCACAGAAACGCCCCUCCGCUUCCCGAAUAGUUCAGGUUUUGGAAUCCAACAUUCCGACAGAAAAUAAUGAGGUCAUUGUCAUAGACUGACCAGUUAAAACCUGUCUCUUAUACUGUCUCCAUACUGUGAUUCGGAUGGGAACUGUGUUCAUGUCCAAAAACCUUUCCUAUGUCUUGAUUCUUAUGUAUGUAAAAUGUCUGUAAUAUUCUUUCCUCUACUUUUCUCUUUUUGUGGACUCUUUUAAGCUCAGAUAAAACAAUGAAUAAAAAAAAAUU